UUCGCAAUCUACAGGGGACGCGUAAUGGUAUUUCUAGAAACUAAUGCCAUUGUCUAGCGGGCACCAACAAAAACGUUCACCGCGAGGCGACAAGCAUUGGUUGAAUGGCUUCAAGGGACCAACGAGAGACACCGAGGCUUCCAGGCUUGGGUCGUAGUCGCCCAGAAGCAUUACUCGCAUUACGAAUGAUGAUCCUUAAUGGCCAUUGGGUGGAUCCAGUAGGAAGAAAGAAUCAAGCAUUAUAGUAAACUUUCUGUUGAUGAGCUUAUAAGACACCCAUCAUGCCAGCUCAAGUCAAGAUCUUCACUCACUUCCAACCCAUCCUCCACUUAGCAUUCACCUUCCAUCCAGUCGUUUCUUGAUACCCACAGAUCGCUUAUCCUUCCUGUAUACCCAUCGCCAUCAUGGUUGCUAUCUCUCAACUCUGCCUCGCCGCUUUGGCAGGCUACGCUGUCGCCCACCCCGGCGAGCAUCACGAUGCAGGAAAGAUGAAGCGCGAGCUCGUCGCUCGUGACCACGCCGCCAGGGUCGGUGCCCGAUCUUUGGCAUCGUGCUCUACCUCGGCCUCAGCCACCGCCCUGAACAAGCGAUCCGUCCAGCGACGUGCCGAAGUCGUCAAGAACCUUCGCCAGAAGCGCAACAUCCAGGCCCCCGCGAGAAAGAACAAGCGCACGCUCGCUGACCUCCAGGCAUGGGAGGCUGUCAACCACAACAUGUCUUCCACCUACGACUACAACAUGUUCACCGCGAUUGAGGAGGUCUUCAGCGCCAACACGAGCUGUAUCCUGUCGCCCGAGAUCACCGUGGGCCCCUACUACGUCGUGGGCGAGAAGAUGCGCUCCAACGUCAAGGAGACGGAGUGGUGCGACGGCAUCGACGUCUUCCUCGAGGUGCAGUACAUCGACAUCAACACGUGCGCGCCGAUCCCCGCCGUCGCCGUCGACGUCUGGAACUGCAACGCCACGGGCGUCUACUCGGGCGUCGACGCCACCGGCCAGGCCGGCGUCAACUCCACCUUCCUCCGCGGCGUCCAGCUGACCGACGCCGACGGCGUCGCCAGCUUCGAGACCAUCUUCCCGGGCCACUACAGCGGGCGCGCCGUGCACACGCACCUGCUGUCGCACAACAACGCGACCGUCAUGCCCAACGGCACCAUCUCCGUCUGGGACGCGCCCGUGAGCCACAUCGGGCAGCUGUUCUGGCCCGAGGACCUGCGCGCCGAGGUCGCGGCCACGGCCCCCUACACCAGCAACACCGUCGAGCUGACGACCAACGACGGUGACAUGUGGUCCAUCCUCCAGGCCGACGAGUCCUACGACCCCUUCCCGCAGUGGGUCUACCUCGGCGACUCCAUCGAGGACGGCCUGUUCGCCUGGAUCCAGAUCGGCAUCAACGGCUCUGCUGACUACACCGAGGACGAUUACUAUUCCAUUGCUGCGUACUACGACGCUGAGGGUGGUCACUCGACCGGCAACUCCGUCGGUGGCGGCGGCGGCGGCAACGGAACUGCCCCCGGUGGAAACGGCACCAUCCCGAGCGGAUUCCCCAGCGGCUCCAUGAGUGGUGGCCCUCCGGCUUCCACCAGCGCCUAGAUCUGAGUGUUUGCUUGGCUGCAUUUGCAGUCGUAAGAGGCGUCUCUUUCUAAGCACGUGGAGAGCCUGCUUGCUUUUUAGGGGGGGGGGGGAAUACAUCCCGUCUACGAACUGGUUUGGAAAAAAAAGAAUUUUUUUACAAGAUGGAUGGCAAUGCGAGGAGAUAUGGAGGCUAGUGUGUAUAUAUUUUUUUGGCUUUCCUACGUUGGUGGUGGUGUACAUACAGACGGGCAUUUGCCAAGGUGGUUUGCAUAUUUUGAACUUUGGCACGUAUAUAAACAAAGUUGCGGAAGAUACCAUUUUCGUUCGUACAUAACUUACUUGAAGGCCUUCAGUGAAAGUGAAACUUGUUGGUUGUUAGAAGGGUAUACAGUUAGAGAUUCUCCUAGGUCUUGGUCUGAUUGCCCUCUGCGUGACGAAGGGAUAGGGACAAGCAAUUGCAUACAAUGUGGCCAUUCAUCAAACAUCAGCCACAACUCAAGGAACUGAAUCUAUUAGAUAUCAGGCAAUCGCAAUAGGAUACUUCAUUUCUGUAGUGACUAUGGGUAACAGGUACAUGUCUUGGUAGUUAUCUAACCUAGGGUAGGUAGGCUAUUGUGG